UAGCUUUGAACGUUCCUUUCCUCAAUAACUAUGUCAACAUGGAAGAACAUUGUUUUCAUGACUAAAUGCAUAUUAACUGGUCAUCAGUUAUUUGAUUUGAAGAUUGAAUAUUCAUGGUUUCUGAGAGGCUAGUCAUCCAUAAGAGCAUAUUAAGGUAAAAUAAUCUGAUUACAGGAUCUCCUGCCAAUUCCCAACUGCAUCUUUUGUAAUAACCAAUGUAUUUUACAAUUCAAAAACCCAUUUGACCAAUCGCCAGCUACAGGUUCCUUCCAAGCCUUUUUAUAGCUUUUUUUCCUUCUGUUCUGCAUGGUCCUUAUGACAGAUGUUUCACUGAGAUGUUUCAAAACAAGCCCAAACAGCAAUCUCUUAAAAAAGCAAACCAAAUUGCAUGCAAGAAAGCGAUCAUGGCAUGCAAGCAGAACUGCAUGUGUGUUGUUUACAUCCACAGGUUUUAAUUUCAGUGUUCCACGGAUCCCCAGGAUUGGGCUGUUUUUUGUGUUGACACAGAUGUUCAGCUCUGAGCCGAGGGACGUAUGUUUUUUGGACUCUUAGCAAUGCAGAUGGAAUCUGUUUUCCCUCUCUUUCACUCCGCAUAAGGUUGCAGAUUUAAAGCUGUGACCAAAAGGUCAAGCUCAAUGAGUGGGAUGCAGUGGUUGGAGGUUAUCCCAUUCCCAGAGGUCUGCUGUGAAAGUCCUGCGUAGAAUGCAGUAUUUCGUUGCCAGGAGGAAAUUUCAGCAAGCCCGGAAACCCUAUGAUGUGCGAGACGUGAUCGAGCAGUAUUCCCAGGGUCACCUAAACAUGAUGGUUCGCAUCAAGGAGCUACAGCGAAGACUGGAUGGCACCUUGGGGAAACCAGGAAUGUUUUUACCAGGCAAGGGAGAAGAUAAGGAAUAUCCAACUAUUGGGGCACGAAUGAUCAGAUUAGAAGAUAAGAUUCGCCAGAUGGACCGGAAAAUGGACUCAGUCCUGCGGAUUCUGACGGAGCAGUUUCCGCCAAAGCCGGACCUGACGUCAAAGCCAUCCAUUCGUAGGGUGACCAUCCAGAAGCGCAUGGGCACCAGCAUCGACGAGGCGCCCUGAUAAAGCAGUGACGUAAAACGCUAGGACUUUACGUUAACAGCCUAGCCCCCUCGGGGGAGUCUGUCUUCCAAACCAACCUCCUUUUUUUUUUUUCUGUGAACUUUACACCCAUAAGAAAAAAAUAAUUAAAAAACUAACCCAUGUGAGAGGAAAACAGCCUCUGUCAGGGAGGAGUACCUUAUUGUCUGGACUUCUGAUGGCUUCUUGAUGGGGUUUUUUGUUACUUGUUUCCUCUGCACUGGUAUUUUGCAGCACACAGCUCAGGCAGCAACAUGUUCUAUGAAUUUAUUUCACCACAUUAGCCUCAUAAUCACACUUCUCUAUGAUGAUAAUUUAUGUGUUGCCUGUCACUGAGCAGCAUUCCUCUGUUCCAAAUAUCUUUCCAAAGCUAAAUAACCCCUAAUGAAGCUGUAAUGCAAUCAAUGCACUCUGGUUUCCUAAUGACAUUCAGAGAAAAAAGAAAAGCUGUAAAUCCACACCAGCCAAUGCAUUCCUCAGAUCUGUCAGAUUAUCUUGGCUCAACUCAGACCUACGGAACAGAGUUAGCUUUACGAACACAUAUCCAUGCAGCCUAACUGUACUUAGAUUUGUGUGCUUUGUUUGUAGUAACUGAGAAACAUUUAGACAGGAAAAAGGAUAAUCAUAUGUUGGUUUUGUCCUUCUCCUGAGUAAGAAAUAACUGGCAGAACUGACUAAAAUGGACUUUGGCAGCAAUUUAAUUCAAUUUACUAUUGUUUAAUACUUUAAGAAUUGAAUUAUACCCUUAGUCAUGUUAAAGGGAUAAUUAAUGGGGGUUUUUUAGGUGAAAUUCUCUAAGGGUUUCUGAAAUUGAUUCUUUCCUUACAUGUGAAAAGAGGCUGUAUGUUCAUUGUAUUCAUAGAAAUCCUCAGUGGUGGAAAGCUUGUUAGAUGGUGAUGAUUUCAGAAACUUGAUAUGCCUCAAACCAGAACCGUUUUUUCUUCAUUUUAUGGGAUAUUAUUUUUCACAAGAACUCUUUAUUGCUGUUUUUCUGCCCAAAACUACUGAGUAAAUACACAAACUUACAUUGCAUGAGAUCGAUAGCUUGCCAGGUUUGCUAAUCCCAAGUCCCAAGUUGGAUGUAUCAUAAACUAUGAGUCCUGGAAAGCUAUUAGAUUGUUCUAUUUUGGCUACAUUUACACCUAUGGUCUUGAUUCCAAUUUAAUAUUUGGCAUGGUUGUUUAAUAUUUGGCAUGGUUUAUAUGCAACCCGCCAUCAGACUGAUUGGCUCACAUACGCAGGAGAGGAAUGUAGCAGCACACAGCAGCACACCUUGUUUACAGAACUUAUAAUGGAUGCCAGAAUCCAUUUCUUUUUCAUUAUUAUGCUGUUAGGCAACGGGAGCAAACAACAUUAUGACAACAUUAUAAGAAGAUGAAGAAAUGUAAGAAAAACAGAGUAUUACUAUUUACUAUGGAAUGUUGUGGAGCAGCUGCUAUAUCUAUAGAGAAGUCUAAG